UUCUCAAUUCUUGUUUAUGCAAACAUCCCAAAUUGUAGGUAUACAUCUCACAGAAAGCAAAUAUUGAGUUCCCCGUCAUCAUUUAUUUAUAGCAGUCACCAUUCUUAUCUCUUAUCUUCUCACUUUUCGUACCUAACAAUUCGGUUAUUGAUCCUGCAAAAACCCACGUCUGAUCGAUCAUAAAAUCGUUAUUCUUAGUGUUUAACGUCGUGAAAAAUGUCAUCUCAGAGCUUCCCUAAGAAAUUGGUGGUUGUUGGAGAUGGGGCCUGUGGUAAAACAUCGCUUUUAACAGCCCAAUGUAACAACACCUUCUCCGAAAUGUACCUACCUUCAAUAUACGAAACUUACUUAACCUCAGUGACUUACGAAAGUAGUGUAAUAUCCUUCGCAUUAUGGGACACAGCAGGAGAAGAAGACUACGAUAGACUCCGACCUCUGUCCUACCCUAGAACAGACGUGGUACUCAUGUGUUUCAACGUGGACAACCCUGUAUCGCUCCAGAACAUCCACCAUAAAUGGUAUCCAGAAAUAAAGCAUUUCUGUCCUUCGGUACCAAUUCUUUUGGUGGCCACAAAGCUAGACCUGAGAUAUAACGAGCAGAUCUGUAAGAUACUGAGUCAGAAAGGGGAAACCACAGUGUCUCACGAAAAUGGCUACAGGGCUUCCAAGAAGAUCAAGGCUUAUGGAUACAUCGAGUGUUCUGCAAAAACGAUGGAAGGGGUCAAAGAAGUGUUUAGGAAAGCUGCAGAAGUAGUUUUGAGGCCUCGGAAAGUCAGGAGAAGAGUUUGCCAUCUGUUAUAG